UCAGCACGGAUUAUGGUAGAGCUCAGUAAGUUCGCGAGCACGGAGUACGCGCGAUCCAUUCACACAAAAAAGCAAACCUGUAAAACAAAACAUCACGUUGAUUGUGCAAGUGGUCACAGAAUAAAAUCAUAAGAUUAAAUCGAACGGGUGGAACAACAACAGCGAUAAUGGACAAAAAUAAGAGUGAAAUUCAAUCCUAUUACAAAAACAAGACCAUUUUUGUCACCGGCGCUUCCGGUUUUAUGGGCAAGGUUCUCUUGGAAAAGUUGCUGUACUGCUGCUCGGAAAUCGAUAAAAUUUACAUUCUCAUACGAGGCAAGAAAGGUCAUAGCUACGAUACUCGGCUCAGCAGCAUAUUCCAUUUACCUUUAUUUCAAAGAUUAAAAACGGAGAAACCUAAGCUUUUUGAAAAAGUGAUACCAUUAAACGGCGACAUAUCUUCUGAUAAUUUGGGUCUUACUGAAGAGCAGCGAGAAUGUCUGAUAAAUGAAGUACAUGUGGUAUUUCAUUGCGCUGCAUCUCUUCGUUUGGAGGCGAAAUUGAAAGAUGCCAUCGAGAUGAACACUAUAGGUACAAAAAAGGUACUAGACUUGGCAAAACAAAUGAAGCAACUGGAAUGUUUCCUGCAUUUAAGCACGGCCUUUUGUCACGUCGACCAAAAGGAACUUAGCGAACGAUUCUUUGAUUCCCCGGAUGAUCCCCACGAUGUCAUAAAACUCGUUCAAUGGCUGGACGAAGAAGCUAUCGAUCUUCUUACACCAAAAUUGAUGCAUCCGCAUCCAAAUAGCUACACGUAUUCGAAGCGUCUUGCCGAAACAUUGGUGGCCAACGAGUAUCCUAAUCUGCCUUGCUGCAUUGCUAGGCCAUCAAUCGUAUGUCCAUCUUACACGGAGCCAAUGCCAGGUUGGGUUGACAAUCUGAAUGGUCCUACAGGAUUGCUCGUCGGUGCGGGCAAAGGUGUCAUCAGAUCAAUGCACUGCAACGGCAAUUAUCAUGCUGAACUUAUACCGGUUGACAUUGCGAUUAAUAAUCUAAUUGUAAUUG